AUGGCUUCCGCCACUGCCCAGGUAUACUUCUUCUGCCCCUCCCUUAUCAUCAGCCCAAACACACCGCUCCAAGUUACCCUGAACCGGAACCUUUCUUUUGUCCUGCAGGGCAUUCACCAGGUCACAUUCGAAGAUCGACCCAUCCCUGAACUCAAGAACCCCCACGAUGUCCUGAUCAAUGUAAAAUACACCGGUAUUUGUGGCAGUGAUGUUCACUACUGGGAGCACGGAGCCAUUGGCCAAUUCGUCGUCAAGGACCCAAUGGUCCUGGGCCACGAGUCCGCCGGUGUGAUCAGCAAGGUCGGAUCAGCUGUCAAGUCACUGAAAGUGGGCGAUCGUGUCGCCAUGGAGCCUGGUAUCGCGUGUCGUCGUUGCGAGCCCUGCAAGGGUGGAAAAUACAACCUGUGUGAGAACAUGACGUUCGCUGCAACCCCACCAUAUGAUGGAACUCUGGCCAAGUACUAUGUCCUCCCCGAGGAUUUCUGCUACAAGCUUCCUGAGAACCUCUCUCUGCAGGAGGGUGCUCUGAUGGAGCCAUUGAGUGUUGCUGUUCAUAUUGUGCGACAGGCUCAAGUGAGCCCUGGUCAAUCUGUUGUUGUCUUUGGUGCGGGUCCCGUUGGUCUGCUGUGCUGUGCUGUGGCUACUGCUUUCGGUGCUUCAAAGGUUAUCGCGGUGGAUAUCCAGCAGCCUCGUCUGGACUUUGCAAAGGAAUACGCUACUACCUCUACCUUCAUGCCAUCCAAGGUGCCACACCAAGAGAACGCUGAGCGCUUGAUCAAGGAGAAUAACUUGGGUGGUGGUGCUGAUGUUGCUAUUGAUGCUUCGGGAGCUGAGGCAUCUGUGCACACUGGUAUUCACGUUCUCCGUAACGGUGGUAGCUAUGUACAGGGUGGUAUGGGUCGUAGCGAGAUUCAGUUCCCCAUUAUGGCCGCCUGUGCUAAGGAGUUGACCCUCAAGGGUAGCUUCCGUUAUGGCAGCGGUGACUACAAGCUGGCAGUCAGCUUGGUCGCAUCGGGCAAGAUCGAUGUGAAGAAGUUGAUCACAGGUACGGUUAAGUUCGAGGAGGCAGAGCAGGCUUUCAAGGAGGUCAAGGCUGGAAAGGGAAUCAAGACUUUGAUUGCAGGAAUCGACGUGUAA